AUGGUUAUUCAUAAUUACCUCAAAGCCAAUAAUGUCAGAUAUUCUAACCGCAAAAUUUCUCAGUUGGCAGACAAACUGUGGAGAAAUGAAUCUGAAGAGAUUAAAAAUGAGUAUAAACAAUUAGCUAAAACAAUAAAAUGUCAUGAACAAAGUUUUAAGACCGAAACUAUUGAUAUUGAUAAUGUUGAAAACCCUUUCUCGCUUGGGACCACAAGUGAUUAUCCUUCGACCAACACUGAACCUA